AAAUUAUAAGCGUUUGAGACAAGAAAACCCGUAUAAGGAAUGACAACGUUGCAGCUGCUGUCUUCUCUAGGUCUGGGUCGGAAUUGCUUUAUCAGGAUUUCUAGGGGAGGUUUCCGAACAAUCUCAUCGUCCACCGCCGCCGCCACCGCUAAGAUGUCAACGGAGUGCUAUACGUUCGGCCCAUAUAAGAUUGAUUCCAAGGAAGUUUUCUACUCCACCCCCUUUUCCUAUGCGAUGGUCAACCUCCGUCCUGUUGUUCCUGGUCAUGUGCUUGUCUGCCCAAGGCGUGAAGUUAAGCGGUUUGUUGAUCUCACUGUUGAUGAGACCAGUGAUUUGUGGCUAACGGCACAGAGGGUUGGUGGAGGGCUUGAGGGCCACCAUAAAGCGUCGUCGCUCACUUUUACUAUCCAAUCAAGGCAUUUUCAAGGACCUUCUCCACAACACUUUUUUUCUGGAAGAUUCACACCUGAAAGCCCCACGUCAUUACUGCUUUCAGCCAAUGUAUUUACAUGUUGUUAUGCUUGCUUACUUCUUAAUGCAUUUUAACACUUGUCUUAUGUAUGUAACCUAGUGUUGUAGGCUGUUAUCCAUGUAUUAACUGGUUGUAAUUAAAUGCCUUAAGCAACCAGUAAUGAAUUGGAUGAACGUCAGUUCUUUGCUUACCAUACUUGUUCAUCCUUGUUUCCUUGCCUGUAAUAGAGGCUGCAUCAUUCAGCCAUAUCUCGAAUUCUCCCAAAAUACAACAUUUACUAGAGUACUUUUUUUAUAGUUUGGAUUUAAUAUUUUCUAAAAUUGUAAAAUUCACAUCCUAUUGUUAAUUCUCUUGGCCAAGUUGGACCUCAACUCCUCAAUCUGGGAUGUCCUCAAGCUUGGUAUUUGUGACUCCUUGGAUGCAUUUUCUGAGUACCUCCUGUUAACUCUUAUUUUUAUUUAUACAUUAACCCAUUUCAACUUUAGUAAUUUGUUUUCUCAUGCAAUAACAAGCAAUUACUGUGUUUAAGUGAUCACUUGAGAAUGAAAAAUAUUGCUUUCUUGUAGAAAAUUGAAUGAGAGGAAUUGAUUGUGUGAUACUUGUUGGGAGUUUCUGGCUGUUCUCACCGUGUGGUAAUACUGCCGCUCUGUAAAGAGCAUAUGUUGGAUCAUUAAAAACUAAAUUUUGUAGCAUAUGUGUUUGUUUGUA